CAGUUUGCUUAUCAUCACCUGUUCUGCUGAGACAGUUCCUGACCAGCAUCUUCAUCAAUGUUGAGUCAAGUAUUCGUAUUAAUGGACUUUUCUGUGAUGUUCUUUGUGAUCAGGGUCCACUCUACCCGAGACAGAUAAAACGGCUUAAAGAAUGUGAGAAGAUGGUGGUUGCUAUUGAGCUGGCUGGCUGGUUGAACGAAGCCAACUUAGCACUGCAAGCUGUGGUUCAGUGUUAUGGACUUCUGGCCCCCCUUCUGUACUACAAGAUACCAGCUAUAGCUGUCAUACAGGUUCUGCAACACUGCCAUGGAGUUCUGCAAGAAAUUCCACCUGGUCUUCUUCAGAAACGCCACGGUCAUGUGACUGAAAGUCUGCAUCACAUGACAGCAUGUAUUACCUAUCAUUUGGCAAAGGUUUUGAGAACAUGGGGCCAGAAACAACUGGCCCGCAACAUUAAUGAGACUGGUCGACGUCUGCUGGCUAUGGAGCCUGAAAAAGACUUAGAAAAAGGCACUGCUGCUUCCACAGCUGGGGAUGAUGGGACUGCUUCCACCAAGACAGCCCCCAUAAAGAAAAAAAUUAGUGGUCAGGGUGGUGCUGGUGGCAGUCCCAAUACUGCUAAAGGAGCAGGCGGAGGUGGAGGGGGAGUUGGAGGCAAGAAAGAGGAAACAAACCUGAAUGAGGAGUUGAAGGCUCUGGAGGCUCACAUGCUGAAAGUCAACCGUGCUGCUGCUGGUGAACAUGAGCUAAGUGGAACUGAGGACCCCACCAUUCUCCAUGCCUACAUUGCUUACCUGCCAAGUAAAUUAGCCUACAGGGAAGUGACCAAGUUCAAGAGGAGGUCCCAAUUCCUGGAGUUCUUUGUGUAUGCAGCCCAGAAAGGCUUAUCUGAAGGAGAGGUGGACGAAGUCAUAAACUGGUGCAGAGAGAUUGAUGAAUGGCUAAGAAGGAGAAAUGAAUCAAUCAUCGGUCCUCGAAUGUACAUGAGCAAGCAAGCUGAUGGGACCAUUACAUUAGCCGGAGAUGACCCCAAGAAGUUUGCGGCAGCCAUGGUGGAAUACAGAGGAAUGGAUGAGUUUGGCACUGGUGGAAAAGAUAAGAAGAAUCCGACUGGAGGUGGCAAAGGCAAAGACAAGGACAAGGGAGGCAAGCAGAAGCAACAGAAAUACAAGCCAAUAGGCGUCACACCCAGCAUGAGUGACACAGCUAGACAAGCUCAGGAACAAGCAGAACUGAAGGCUCUUGCCAUCUUGAGCAUCCACAUACCUGAUUUGUAUCACAAUAACAUUCGUAAACGCCGCCUUCGUAAAAUUACACAGGAGGAGAUGCCAUGGCGAUGCCAGAUGAACAUGGUACAAGGCCUUUGUCAUUUUGGAGCUCUUUUGCAAAAGCUGGAGAAACGUGAAAAGUUGCUUGGAUCCUCUUCUAGCAAAAUGUACAAGACUGGAUUCCUGGAUCCUGAGUGGUUCACAUUUGAGACAGCUGGAACAUUAGUAGUAGGGUGGGAAGGGUGUCCCACACAACACAUGUCAAGACACAGCAUGGAAGAUGAAGAUGAGAAACAGUGGGAAUCAGCAGCAGCCAACAAGCUGGCGCUUGACCUGGCAACUGAGGACCGUCCCAAAACAACAGGCAUUGAGUUUGCUGCAGCUGCAGCAACAGGUGCUGUGCCUCCUCCAUUAUAUCCUAUACCUCCUGAAACUGAAGAUACACCAAGGUCUUACCAAACUGACUUUGAUGACAAGAAAGCACCUCAUCCUAUAAACCCUGAAUCAUUUCCUCUUUCAACACAGGCCACAAUAGAGGCGUUGACUAAAACAUUUGCCUUCUUCAAGAGCUCUGUGGUGCUUGCAUAUCGAGGACAGCAUUGGACUCUUCUCCAGAAUGGCACUCGUGCCUUGUGGAACUGCCUGCACACUGCCAUUUUGCGAGCUGUGACGCUGGCACCUGAAGGGCAGGAGCCUGGCCUAUUGACCAUGGCCACUCUGAGCGACCUGGUCUGGCAUCCAUUGUACAUGGCUGCAGACUGCAUUCUAGACAUGCUUUUUAUUCAAGAGACUGAGCUUCGGCAACAUGCCAUGAAGGAUAAAAGCAGAAAGAUGGGUCCCUACUUUGAGUCAUGGAUGGGGUCCAUUGAAGAUGAGCGUGGAGCUGCAAGUCUCAAGUUUGAAGAUCCAUUGGAUGACCUGAGUAUAGUCGAUGCACGCUGGGUGCAGCGCCUAGUUCUGCGGUGCUUGGAAAUGCUGUAUCAUCAAGAAAAGUGGGAAAAACUGGUGGAUGUUGCUCUUCGUUUCAGUGCCUUAUCAAAUGAUCGCUAUGCAGAGCAAGUGGUGCCACUGCUAGUGCAGGCUCAACGUAGGGUUGCUGACCGCAUUGCCAGUGUCAGUGGCUCACCAGUUCCCCAGCCCCACUAUAUGGAACUCCAGCAGCGGCUGGGACACCUGGUUAGUGCUCGUGAUUACCUCACAGCUCAGCUUAGGGUCCACUUUGACCCUGCUCGAACAAAGCUCAUUAAGCCAGGAGCGCAGAUUGACCCCCUGGGACAUGAUGCUUAUACAGUUGAGGAUGCCUAUCGUUUGUCGUCGGUCCCACUGGACACCUCCCUCAACCUGCAAACCCUCCGUGAUAUUCUGAAUAACUCAAACUACACUGCUCGUGCACUUCGCCACAGCCGAAAGAUGCUCAUCCUGUACUUGGCCGGACAGCAGAAUACUACAGACAGCUUGAGCCACCAACCCUCAAAAGUGGAUUUUGUGCCCAAAAAAGCUCAGCCACAGCCCACUGCUCCACCAGAUCUGAGCGAAGAAGAAUUCCUCUCAGAGGAUGAUGUUCAGAGUACACCCAUCCCCCGCUCACAGCUGGGUCAAGUUAUCAUAUCUUACGAAAAUACAAUCAAGUUGCUGCUUUCAAAAAAGCAAAAGGGUAUUGCAGCCCAGGCCUUGCAGGAAUUGGGCAACAUAUACUACCAUGCCAAUGACAUCAGGGCAGCCUACCGAUGCUGGGCAGAGUCACUGGACCUAGUGCUGGGCAUGACAGAUGCCAUACGUGUGUGGCGCCAAGAGACGCAGACUGCACAAGAUGUUAGUCAGCUUCUACUGGAGCGCUGUGGUCUGUGGGGCUGUGUGACUGGAGGGGUGCUGGCCUCCAACAUUGCACAGUACAUUCUGGCUGCUGAUCUGGGCCUCAGAAUGGAAUGUUGUUUCCUCUCAGGCUACUUUUUCAAGGCUUUGUUCAGAGCCUCUUUGCCUCACCCUAGUUCUGACCGGGACUAUGCAUUGUAUGAUGUCGGUGAGGGGUGUGAGGUUACAAACCUAGUGCCAGGUAUUGACUUUAUGUCGGAUCAUUUUCGCUGCAACGGACGUUCCCUUGCUGCCGCUUUGCGCUGGGUGACAGAAGAACUGGCUAGAGGGCGACACAAUCUGUUUGUGCUCCCUUUGUUGACGCUGUACCAGUACUUUAUGACUUUCAUUUGCCGUGACCUGCAGCGAGCAGUUGAUGGUCGAAUACUUAAAGUGCGUGUCCUGACAGACCUUGGGUUGUUUUCUGAAGCCCUGACAGUACUGCUGAGGCUUCUGCAUGGCGAACGUCUUCCUCAUACAGGCGACAGUAGCUUUCGCCAGGUGGAGUCACGUAGAAGUCAGAUGUGUUUUUCCACCAACCUGCCUAUCAAUGACAUCAGCAACCUCAAGGUCUUGGAGCAAGUCUUGGACAAGAGGUUGCCCUCUAACUUGGCCACUCUUUUUGGUCCUCACUUGACUUGUCAUCUGUCUCUUGUCCAAUCUCACCUCUUUGUAGCCUUAGCAGACACCAUACCUGUCCUUCCAGCUAUGGCUGAUGUAAAUGUCGAAACUCUAAAUGACCUACAAACCAUCAGCACCAUUUCACGUGGUGGGCUAGGAAGCAAGAAGAAAAAUACUGAUAUUUGUCUGUCCGACAUACUGUUGGCUUCUGAACCUGAUUUGGAAGAUGAGGGUGAAGAUUUUGCUGGCCAGGGUGCUCAUCGAUUUACAAGUGGAAAAACACCUUCCUUGGAAUUCAUCAAAGCUACACUGCUGUCUGUUGCUGACCAGAUGGUCACAACAAUCUCUGAGGUCAUUUGUGAAAAUGCAUCACAUGAAAAGGCAGGACUAGCAGGUCUGUCUGCCGCUGAGCUGGAGUUGGUUGUGCUGUGUCGAUUGGAACAAUCAGCAGUCGCCAUGCAGAAACACCAUGCACCCCUAGCAGCUCGCAUCUUGGUCUCUGGUCUCAAGCUGCUUCAAAAUUCUAACAUAUUCAAGCCGAGAAAACCUGUUCCACCUCCUCAAAGGAAGGAUUCAGCUUUGCAUAAUAGACCAUCGUCAAUAAAAGGCAGACGAGUAUCUGGAGGAGAGGUGAGGCUUGUCAGUGUGGAGAGCAACCAGUUCCAGUAUCAGAACUUCCAGAGUCGUGCACGACUUGAUGCCCGGCUGUGGCUUAAUUGCCGCCUGGCACUAGUACAUGCUCUCAAUGCAGAGAUCCGUGGCAUGGGUGAAGUGAAAGGUCCAGAAAACAAGGUGCUGACAGAGCUGGCUGACUGUCGACACUAUUGUAUUGAGGGACUGAAAGAAGCUGAAGCAUGUGGUGAUGUGGAGGUCCAGGCAGAGUUCUUGAUCCAAGAAGCAAUACUUAACAUCAUGGAAGGGCGCAGCCUUCAUAACACUAUUUCAUUUCUGGAUAAUGCUACUGAGUUGCUCCAGAAAGUGCCCUGCUUGUCAGUGACAGGCAAAGAUCUACUUUCUACUUGUAUCAUAUUUCGCACAGACCUAGAGGCUACCUCAAAACCAGAUCUGCCUUCUGACAUCCCAACUCAGCACUCUUUGCAGGCUUAUUUGCAUGCACAGAAAAUCAUUCUGGCACAGAUGGAAGAACUGGGUGAGCGCAUUGAGCACCACAAGCCAGCUGGGCAGCGGCAACAUCUGUCGGUGCCUGUCAGACCCAUGGAGAAUAUCUAUACUGUGCAGGUGCUGCGUCUGGCUCAGCUCAAACUGCGCAUUGGACAUGCCAUGGCUCGUACCUUGGCCAAAGAUAUUCGCAGCAGGAGAGUGGAAACCAGUCCCAUUCCACAGUGGACGGACUGCCUUGUGGUGCUCAGUGCAGCACUGGAGCUCAUGAAAGUCAGUGCUCGUAGAGAAGCCAGUACUGAAGCUGAGAUCCUGCUGACUAUGGGUAAAGUGCAGAAGAUGCUGGUUUACCUGGACAAUUUGGAGCCACAGGUUGCAGCAACCACUUUGCUAGAAGCCAUCAGUGUCUCUUAUGCCAAUGACCAUGACCUUGGAUUGAUACGUCAGGCAUACCUAGAGUUGGCCCAGAUAUUUCUGUAUAGCUCAGGCACCAUGACAGCCAAAGAAGGGACUUUCCUUGAGUCUUCCUUGGCUGCAGACAGCAGUGAUGAAGCGAAGACUGCAUCCUCUUCUGUAACAGAGAAAAAAAAUAAAACAAAAAUGACAGAAGAGUCAUCAAAGGCUAAAAUCACAGAGACAGAAAAGCACAACGCAGCAUGGGUGGCCAUUCGCUGUGCAGCUGCUGCAGCUCAGGCACUAAGGGCUCGCAGUCUCCUGAUUGGAAACACAACUGUCACGUCCAAGAAAGUUGUCACAGUGUCAUCUCACUCCAUGCCAGACUUUGCCUGCCUGGACUUGAUGAGUGCUUAUGUGUUGGGAGAGAAGAAAAAAGUUUUCAAGAGUGAAAUUGAGGAAGAGCUGGCUCCCUUGUCUGAGGCUGAGGCAAAGGCUGUGGAGUCAUAUGAUGACCAAGUAAACAAAACCCGAGUUGCUGCUAAGGACCUCUCAUGGCUUCAUCUGCUAGGUUACCAGACAAUUCUUCAGCGCCUUGUUUGCACUGCAACCAUUGCUGCCUCUAGCACUUGUGGAACUGGUAUGCCACAUGAGAGGGAAGAGGUUGGAAAUGAGUUUGACCUGGGCUUCAUCAGCCAAGCUCAGUUCUACAUGGGCCAGAACUACAAUGCAGUUCGGAAUAUGCUAUUUUCAGGGUUUUGGUGCAUUCGACUGAAUCAUCUCCAUCACUAUUUGUGUGCCACACUGCCAGCAUAUGCUAGUGACUGUUGUGCCAUUUUCCCACCCAGCAGUCUGCUGACCUCAGCUCAAUCAACAGGCCAACUUCCAUUGUCACCAGCAGGCACUGGGAUAAAACAUUCAAAACCGUCUGACAAGAACGUGUUAUCCAGUUCUGAUAAUGAUGUGGUCAUGCAGUGGCACCAACCUUCUCUUGGAGAGGCAGACCCAUCUCAGCCAGAGCUUGACCCAGCUGACACCCGGCUCAUGCUUUUCUAUGCAGUUAGCUGUAAAAAUAACAAGCCUCAACUAGGUACCUCCUCUGGCCAUUUGUGGGUGUCCAUGCAUAAAGUCACCAGUCUUCAUGACAGAUUGUGCAUCUUGGCUCAACAAGCGGAGAUUGCCCUGCUGGACUAUACGAAAAGCCUGAAGGAAGAGCCUGUAGUCUCCUCUAAAGAGACAAAGCCAAAGAAGACACAGCGCAUAAAGCCGUUGUCUCCAAAGAUGCAGAGUGAUGAACAAAUUGAGAACUUACUACGUCAGUGCAUGGAUGACUGUGCCAGUCUGAUGGGAUUGUCUUCAGAAGAAGCAUCCAUGGCCACUAAAGAGAUUCCAUUCAAAGUCAGCACAACAAACCUGCGAAAUCUAGAACAGCUCUUUGAUCCAGCCCUGGGAAUGAUGCUUACUGGGACAGACCUGGUACAGUGGCUACAGAUGCUGCUACCAGCACCACAGUGAAUAUCUUCUAGAAGCGGACAAUAAAAAUAUAUAUCCAGUGCUGAAACUUCCAUUUUAAUGUUUAUUGCCUUCAGAGAAUUUGCCAACUUUCAUUAUAGGUACAGGGAUCAAGAUUUGUUUUAUUUUGCUCGUGAACUUUCAAAAUAUUAAGACAUGGUGUUGAUAAACUGAAAUAGAUGUUCAGUUGCUUUGUUAACUGAUAUUACUCAUGCUACUGGUUUGUUUUCACAAUAAAAACCAUUUUAUUUCAUCAGCCAUUGGUGCAACAAACUAUAAAAAUGCGGGGCCUUUCAUGUUUUUGGUCCACUUGUGGGUUUACAAGAAAGUAUAAAUAAUAUAAUAAAAUAUUUAUAAGUGUAUAUUUCAUGUUAAUCUUGUUAAAUUUAACAUAAACUUCACAAUAACAAGAAACAUUUGAACAUUUGAUAAACUUUAUGUCUGACACCAUGUAUGUGUAUUAUAUACAUAAUGCACAGCUUGCAAAAUAAUAAGUAUUUAUCAUGUGACCAUAAAAUAAGCUGCUAAAAAGCAGAAUACCAUCAAGCAGUACUCUGCAUCACUCUGCACAGAAAUACACACUUUUAGCAGAAAACUGCUUUAUUAUAACAUUAGUUAAACCAAUGAAGGUCUGCAAGUUUGUUCACUUAUCGGGAUGAGAACAAGUGCCCUACAUAUCUGCUAAUGAGUACAGGGAGGUAUGUUCUUCCCUGCCCAGAAAAAAAAAUGUAUAAUUAAUUUUUAUAAGAUUUGAAUGAUACAAAAAUUGGUGUACCACAAUACAGGUAUGUUAAACAAACAAAAAAAUAAGCAUCACAUCUAAAGUGAAAAAAAAUCAAUAAUAAUGUAUACAUCACAGAAGGCUUAGGGAUAUGCAAACGGAAAAAAGAGGAAAUGAACCAGUUUAUAUCUUUGAUGAUAAAACAUCUCUAAAAUAUUCCAUCUUUUUACUAGCAAAAGAAAUCUGUAUUUAUGCAUCUGAAUGCAUAUUCCUUUGUGCAUAAAUGUUUGUACUUCUAUGUUCGUACAGCUGCUUUUAGGCAUGAAGAUAUUAGUAUUAUUUCUACUAACAAUUCAAACAGACAUUUCCUUCAGUGAAGACACCCCACAGAUUCUUUUCAAAAACUUUACACACUU